AUGCUGUCCCAUCUUUUGUACGAGUUCACGUUGGGCGGUGUCAAUCACUCAAUCCCCGGGAACGGCGGGCCCGACUGUCUCAAUGUAAGCCUUUGUUUGUUUUUACAGGACGGUAUAAUCCACAAGUUUACUGUAAGCAGGUUUUGAGCUUGUUUUGGAGUGGAUUUGUGUCUGCUCGGUACUUUAUUGGGCAAAACUUUGAAAAUCUUUGCAAAAUUUAACAGAAAUAAUGGCACGUUUUGUCGAUAAGUAAUGAAGGCAUAAGACAUUACUUUGCACAUACAGAUAAGUUUUUGCAGUUUGUAUACAUUGGUUUAAGACACGUUUAGUACAAUCUAAUUAUAAGUUUCACCUGCCAAUUUCGGUGUUAGUAAAACUAACAAUUAGUUUUUCGUAAAUUUAAAAUGUAGUAGUAAAGAUUACCUUUUAAAAGUAGUAAUUAUAUUUAUAACUUAAGGUCCAACGAUUACAUUUUUUGUUUUUAACUGAAUAAUUGGGCGAAAAACAUUUUUCCACAGACAAUUUGUUUCCUACGGUACGGCAAAUAGUCACUGAACAAAACAACAACUACCUUUUUAGUAUAUUAUAAUAUAGUCUCAAAAUAACUAUACAUAGCAAAUCUAUAACUGACAAAGAAAUUUUGAAAAACUGGUAUUUUAGAAACUUUCAGGCCAAAAUAGUACCAUAGGUUUCUAUCAGACUCAAAGUUUGGCCAAAAACACAGUAGAUUAUACCCAAUUUUAAGAUUUUUAACCACCUUUAUAAAAAUAAAAUUAAUUUUUAAAAUUUCAGUACAUUCCACUAUGGCAGAGAGCACUGGAAACCCUGGUGAUCGUGCCACUUUCCUUCUACGGCCUCUACGCUUGCUAUCCUCACCUGGAGUACCCUGAGGAAAAGAGUUGUAAAAAGAAAAUGUCAGCCGAAGUGAGAGCCAUGCUGUCCCAGAAACUACCGCUCAACAAUGUUGGAGAAGUGCUGGACAGAGUACACCCUCCACCUCGCGAGAUCUUCAAACAGUACGUGUUCAACGUGUACUUGGUGGUAUUCCUGGUCGAAUUCAUCUACAAAUUCUACACAAAGUAAGUCUGUUUACUGUGGCCUUGAAUUUUAGUUAGAUGAGCAACUUUGCAUUACCUAUCCUAGUCUGGACUACUUUUUUUAAAAGUUACAGUAAGUUAAAAUGAUGUUGUUUCAGAACCGGUAUCUUCUUCCUCAAUCCUUGUCACAUUACCACUUCUCUUCAAUUACUUUUACUCAAAAUGCCCGAAAAUCAUCCACUUACUACUCAACUAUUCCGCUUCAACAUGUACACAAUGCCUGGGGCAUUAAUAGCACUAGCUUUUCCUAUUCUUAAUACGCGACAGGUAAUAUUUCAAAGAAAAAACAACAAGACUGUUAAUUUAUAGUGUUUUUGUCCAUUCUGACCAACAUUUUAAAUAAAAAAACAAUAUAAAUACAAAAUUAUAAGUUAUGAUACUUAAAUUAAUGAUUAUAUUUCUUCAGAUGGUCGGCGAAGUAUUUAUUUAUUUCCUACAACAUACUCUCAUUGUUCUUGUACCUUUGUACCUAAUUUACUUAGGCGGUAAGUAACCAUACCAUAGAUCAAACUAAUAAAGUUAAACUAAAGUUAAAUCAUGUCUAUAAUACCGUUAACCCCUACCUACAAUAUUAUCAUUUCAGCAGGAUUCAACCCGGAAAGUAGCUCAAACUACGCUUGGCCAGUCUUCAGCAUGUCCGUGCUCCUGCUCUACCACUUUGUCAUUUUACAGCCCAUCUCUUUCAUCACCCACGUCAACUUGAAUUGUAUUUUAUGCCCUGGAGUCAGCGACCCCUUCGCCGGUCGAUUUUACCGACUGUGCGCGGUGUGCCAUCAAUUUUUGGUGGUACCAUUGGUGACGAAACUGUACGCUUUCUCCUCGUUCUACGUGGUCUCUGUAGCUGAGAUUUGUCUAGGUGAAAGGCCUGCGAAACUCGAAAAGUCUGAAUAA